AUGAGCUUCGUUCCUCUCAACCCGCGGCCGAUGUUGCAGGGUCUCAUCAGCAAGGAGAUAAUCGUGCGACUGAAAUGGGGCCAGACGGAGUACCGAGGCACUCUGAUCAGCAUCGAUUCCUACAUGAACAUCCAGCUGAACAACACGGUCGAAUUCAUCGAUGGCAAAGAGACUGGGUCGCUGGGGCAGGUCUUGAUAAGGUGUAACAACGUCUUAUGGGUAUCGGGGGCGGGCGCGAAGGUUGCCGAUUCGGAAAUGACCGGUUGA